AUGAAAAACUUAAUUAAACUUCAAUAAGACUUUAGAGAUCAUUAUUAAGGAAUCAAAUUAGCUAUAUAAAAUUAAUUUGAUUAUUUAAUUUAAUAAUCUGAAAACAGUUCAAAAUUUGAUGACAAUGAAGAACAGAAAGAAUAUUUAGACAAUAUUAAUGAAUAAUUUACCCUUUUAGAUAAAGAUUAUCUUGAAGAAUAUGGAAUUUAAGUUAAUACCUAAUAAGAUGUUAAUGAAUAAAUUAAUCAAGCAACCUCUCUGGCUCAAUUAAAAUUUUGGUAAUAAAAGUUUGAAAAUGAUCUUCUUUUAAUUAAAAAUAUAAAUGAUUUAAAUGAAUGUAAAAGAGCUUAAAACUAUUUCUAAGAUUUAAUAAAUGUAAAAUAACUUAAUAUUUAUAAUAGAAUGAAUUACAACAAUAAAUGAGUGAACUUGAAAAGAAAUUAAUAGAAGAUCAUCCUAUUCGUUCAAAAUCAUAUCAUUUUAUUAAUGAAUAAAGAUCUAAAUUCAGAACAUAAAUGAAAAAGAGAUUAAAAGAGAAAUAUAGAAUCUUAUUAAUUGAAGAUUUGAAAAAAUAAAAAAUUAAAGAAGUUGAACUUUAUUUAAACUACCUUCAAUAAAAAAGUCAAAUGAAAAAAGAAUUGAAGGAGCUAAUUAAUAAAGAAGAAUAACAGUCUAAAAGAAUGAAUAUUAGAAUAGAAUUGUAAGACUAUAAGAUUAGUUUUAAUAGAACUCGUCGAUGUUUUCCUCCUUAUAAUGUACUUAGAAUCGGAGAUACCUUUAGUCUUGAAAGAAAGAAGAAGUACACAGUAAAUUCAAGUUUCCCUUUAUGGAAAUUUUAUUUAUUCUUAAUUAGAUACUUUACAUGGACAGUUAAUGUUAUUUUCUGGUUGUUUGUAAAUGGAAUUUCUGGACAUUUAGGAAUCAGAGCUUUAUUUUAAUGCAAGUAUAAUAUAUUUCUAAUUAUAUUUAGUGUUUUCUAUCCUGAUGUUGAAAUUAAUAUGAGAACAGGUGUAAUUAGUCAUACAAAUUAUUCAGUUACACCUGUAGUUGUUCAUAUGGCAAAUGUUUGUAAAGGAAUAAAUCAAUCAAGAAGAGAUUUUGAAAACUCACCUGAUACAGGUUUCUUUGGAAAGAAUUGUGCUCGUAUUUGUAAUUAUGUUGAAGUUUACUUUUUUCGUUUUUUUAUUGUUGGAAUUAUAGGAGUCUUAAUUAUAAUUCCUAUUUUGAUUCUUACUAAUUUUACAAUAUCUUUAGUUUUAGCAUUAACUGCUUGGGCAUGGAUACCUAUUUUAUUGAUUUUAAGGUUUAUUCUAUUAAUAUUAACAAUAGUUAGUUAAUUUAAUUACUAAUAUAUGAUUUUGAUUGUUAAGAUAGAGAAUAAUCGAAUAUAUUUUCGUCUCCAAUUUGGUUCCCUUUAUUUUUGAAUACUUAUGAUUUCAUUGUAAAAGGAAUCUUGAAUUUUAUCAUAAAUAUAUUACUUUGUCUGAUUAUUUUACCUUUAAGUAGUAUUUUUAUGAUAAUAUUUGGACACUUAAGAUAUGUAUUUAGAUCAUUAUAUGAUUGCUUGAUGAUAUUAGUAAAUUAGAUGUACUAAAAUUUUAGUUUGUGAAAUGUUUUGGAAGAGUUCCUGCAAUAGAAAAUUGGUUAGCUUGGAAAAUAUCUGGUCCUGGAAUUUCUAGAUAAUAUUAUUUUACUGUAUAUAUAUAUUUUUUAUAAAUAGAUAAAAAAGGAAGAAGUCUUAAUAUUGGUUGCUGGACAAUUAGAAAAAUGUAUAUUAAAUGAGUAUCAGAGAAGAGUCGAAGAUGAAAUCAAUGCUCCUUAAAAAUAAGUUUAGACUGUUAUGAAUAACUUUUUUUCUGUUUUUGGAGUAUUAAAAUUGAUUGAUUCUUUAUAGGCUUCAUAUAAUUUUCAUGAUAAAGGUUGCGAUAAGUUAAUAUAAAGUUUACAUUAAUAAAUUAACCAAAGAAUUUCAAUUUUACCAACAAUUUAAAAUAAUGUAAGAUUUACUGAAUCUGAAAUAAUUGUGAUUAGAAUGCUUAUAAAACAAUUUAUUAAGAAUUAGAUAAAACUUAAGGACAUGAAAAAUUAGAUUUGGAAAUAUUUUUAAGUUUAGAAAGGAGAUUAUAAUGAAUUAACAUCAUAAAUAUUGAAAUAAUGUUUUGGUCAUUAGGUUUUGACUCCUUUAGAAGAUAUAGAUUUAAGAUUUUAAUUAGUAUUAAUAAAUUUUGUAAAUUUUUUAGUAAACAGAUGAAAAUUAUAAUAUAUCUAAAAAGAUAUCAAAGGCAUUGGAAGGACAAGUAAAUUUAAAUUAACCAAUAAAUUUUAUUGUGAGAUAAAAUAAUGUUUAAAAGAAAUAAACAACUUCGAAAUAGUUUUUUGAAUAUUCAGGAGUAUUAUUAAUAAGAUAAUUAGAUUAUUUAAGAAGUAUGGGGUUGUCAAUCAAUAUAUUAAACUUGGUCAACACUAGCAGAUAAAUCAAAAAGAUUCUAUAUCAAUUAUUGUUUAAAUUUUAAUUAAGUAGUAUGA